GCAAUCCCUGACGCACCCGCCGCCGUGAUGCCCAGGGAAGACAGGGCGACCUGGAAGUCCAACUACUUCCUUAAGAUCAUCCAACUUUUGGAUGAUUACCCAAAAUGCUUUAUUGUGGGAGCAGACAAUGCGGACUCAAAGCAGAUGCAGCAGAUCCGCAUGUCCCUUCAAGGGAAGGCUGUGGUGCUGAUGGGCAAAAACACCAUGAUGCGCAAGGCCAUCCGGGGGCACCUGGAGAACAACCCAGCUCUGGAGAAGCUGCUGCCCCACAUCCGGGGGAAUGUGGGCUUUGUGUUCACCAAGGAGGACCUCACUGAAAUUAGGGACAUGCUGCUGGCCAAUAAGGUGCCGGCUGCUGCCCGUGCUGGUGCCAUCGCCCCAUGUAAGGUCACUGUGCCAGCCCAGAACACUGGUCUGGGGCCCGAGAAGACCUCUUUCUUCCAGGCUUUGGGCAUCACCACUAAAACCUCCAGGGGCACCAUUGAAAUUCUAAGUGAUGUGCAGCUGAUAAAAACUGGAGACAAAGUAGGAGCCAGUGAAGCCACACUGCUGAACAUGCUCAACAUCUCCAGCUUCUCCUUUGGGCUGAUCAUCCAGCAGGUGUUUGACAAUAGCAGCAUUUACAACCCGGAAGUGCUUGACGUCACAGAGCAGACUCUGCACUCACGCUUCCUAGAGGGUGUCCGAAAUGUUGUCAGUGGUUGUCUGCAGAUUGGUUACCCGACUGUUGCCUCAGUGCCACACUCUAUCAUCAAUGGGUACAAGCGGGGCCUGGCUUUGUCUGUGGAGACUGAGUACACCUUCCCACUUGCUGAAAAGGUCAAGGCCUUCUUGGCUGAUCCAUCUACAUUUGCGGCUGCUGCCCUGUAG